AUGGCAUGUCUGAAUUCCUCGUUCCUCAUGAGGAAUACUGUUGUGGCCUUCUUGCUAGCUAUUGCCUUUGUAGCAUGCAAAGCCAAACAUGAAAAGCCUUUCAGAACUCCACUAUUUGACUCAGGAAAUGGUGAUCAUGAUUCUGUACUCCUUUACAAGCUUUCAGUCCAAGCAGCCAUAGAUGAGGUGUCAAGAGUGAGUGAAGACUUUGCUGAAAAUGGGACGCUAACUCGAAGAUUACGAGGCAUCAAGGUCGCCGGUCUGCCAUCAGCAAUGGAGAGUUGUCGGAUGCUUUUGUCCAUGGCGCAGUAUAAUCUCAACCAGUCAGCACCUAUAAGUACUAAUGACGUUCCACCAUAUGACACUCGAUUUGAUUUCAGAACAUGGCUAAGUGCUGCAAUAGCGGACUUUGAUACAUGCGUCGAUGGCUUUGAGUAUUCUUCCGAUGGGGCAAGAAACAUUGUAUUGGAAAGUUUGGACAAUUCCACCAAAUAUGUUAUGAAUGGUCUUUCCAUCAUAUCUAAGAUUGACCAGGAUGAGACAAAGGACAAGCCCUCAUCAAUACUUGAUAAUUUUGGUUUGAGUAAAGUCAGGAGCGAUUGGCCACCUUCUUGGUUGUCGUCUUCCGACAGGAAACUUCUUUUUGGUUCUAAUCCAAGAAUGAAUGCCGAUGUUGUUGUGGCAGCGGAUGGGUCUGGAAAUUACAGGACAAUAAAUGAGGCCAUCAAUGUUGUUCCCCCAUACAGUAAUAGGAGAUUCGUAAUCUACGUCAAGAAAGGAUUGUACUUAGAGAAUGUGAAGAUCAACAUGACCAAAUCGAAUAUAAUGAUGUAUGGUGAUGGAAUGGAUCAGACUAUUGUUUCGGGGUCUCUCAGCAAUUCUACACUAUUGGCAACCAUUCUUACAGCUACUUUCGCUGUCGUUGGUUCGAACUUCAUUGCUCGGGACAUGGGAUUUCAAAACACCGCAGGGCCAACCAAAAUGCAAGCAGUGGCCUUAGUAUCAUCUUCGGAUCGAGCUGUUUUCUACAAAUGUAGCUUUGAUGGAUAUCAAGAUACUCUCUAUACACACUCGAAUAGACAGUUUUACCGAGAAUGCAGGAUAUCUGGUACAAUAGAUUUCAUAUUUGGAAAGGCAGCUGUUGUCUUCCAGAAUUGCAGCAUUCUUGUCAAGAAACCCUUACAUGGACAACAGAACGUAAUUACGGCAUCUGGAAAAGUGGAGCCGGGCGUGAAUCAAGGCAUUUCCAUUCAGAACUGUCGUGUUAGAGCUGCAGAGUCACUUGGCGGUGCGAGAACUUAUCUGGGUCGGCCGUGGAAGAACUACUCCACCACCAUUUUCAUGGAGAGUAGGUUAGGUAGCUUAAUUGAUCCUGAAGGAUGGCUGUCCUGGAUACCUAAUGUUCCACCACCUGAUACUAUAUACUAUGCUGAAUACAACAAUAGAGGUCCAGGUGCAGUGACUAGUAAGAGAGUUAAAUGGAAAGGAGUGAAAGUUAACAUCACAUCCAAUGAAGCCAAUAAGUUUACAGUGAGAUCCUUUCUUAAUGGAGUCGAGUGGAUCCCUGAAACAGGUGUUCCUUUUCAGCCAGAUCUGUAUUUUGGCAGAUGA